CUUAUCCCACGCAAAUUUCAUCACUCUGUGUGCGAGCGGAAAUCUUGAUAACACGGGCACAGUUCUCUCCCGCUGUGUGGAAACGAAAAAAAGAUGGCAUCUUUAGCACAACAAUUUGGUGGACUGAAGUGCCCACCAAUCUCAACCACAAUGAACAAGUUCUCCAGUUCCAAGAAUCAUUGCUACACACUGCUGCCCAGGAGGAGAAGCAUAAUUUCAGCAGCAUCACCUGUUCUAGCAGAUGCACAGACAAGAGAAAGAAUGAAACUGAAAGAGAUGUUUGAAGACGCAUAUGAAAGGUGCCGUACAGCCCCCAUGGAAGGUGUGGCUUUCACUAUUGACGAUUUUCAUUCGGCCAUUGAAAAGUAUGAUUUUGACUCUGAAAUUGGCACCAAGGUUAAAGGAAUGGUUUUCAACACAGAUGCAAAUGGAGCAUUAGUUGACAUAACUGCAAAAUCAUCGGCAUACUUGUCUGUUAAAGAGGCAUGCAUCCAUAAUAUCCGGCAUGUGCAAGAAGCUGGCAUUGUUCCUGGUAUGCGUGAGGAAUUUGUAAUUAUUGGGGAAAAUGAGGCUGAUGAUAGUUUAAUCUUGAGUCUACGUUCAAUUCAAUAUGAUCUUGCAUGGGAAAGGUGCAGACAACUUCAAGCUGAAGAUGUUGUUGUCAAGGGUAAGGUAGUGGGAGCAAACAAAGGUGGAAUAGUGGCAUUGGUGGAAGGCCUUCGUGGUUUUGUUCCAUUUUCACAAAUCUCAACGAAAUCAACUGCAGAGGAACUUCUGGAAAAAGAACUUCCACUUAAAUUUGUGGAGGUUGACGAGGAACAGUCCAGGCUAGUCCUCAGUAACCGCAAGGCCAUGGCUGAUAGUCAGGCACAGCUUGGAAUUGGAUCUGUAGUUAUUGGCACUGUUCAGAGCCUGAAACCAUAUGGCGCCUUUAUCGAUAUAGGUGGAAUCAAUGGCCUUCUGCAUGUCAGCCAGAUUAGCCAUGAUCGUGUUUCAGAUAUUGCUACUGUUCUUCAGCCUGGUGACACUUUGAAGGUUAUGAUACUCAGCCAUGAUCGUGAGAGGGGUCGAGUGAGCCUCUCUACAAAGAAGUUAGAGCCUACUCCUGGUGACAUGAUUCGUAACCCGAAGCUGGUCUUUGAGAAGGCAGAAGAGAUGGCUCAGACUUUCAGGCAAAGAAUUGCCCAAGCAGAAGCCAUGGCUCGUGCUGAUAUGUUGAGAUUCCAGUCUGAGAGCGGAUUGACCCUGAGUUCUGAAGGCAUCUUAGGACCUCUAACUUCAGACCUGCCUGCAGAAGGUUUAGAUUUAAGUGAACUCCCCCCAGCUGAAGAUUAAUCAAGUUGCACAUUCCCAUUUCUUGCCAUCUAGUGAAGCUUCGAUUUUAUAGAGGUUGUGAAGCUUUUCAGCAGUAUGUGGGACCUAACCUCAGUAUUGUAACUAUGGAUGGAUAUCUCUAUUCUACAUUCUUCAUUUUAUUCAUCGUUUCGUGCUCUUAUUGUCUCCAAAGGAAAAUUUAAUCA